CUCCCUCCAAAACCCUAGCCGACCACACCACUCCACCCCGCCGCCGCAGGCGAGAAGCAGCUCCAGCUCAGGUAAGGGCGGCCGCCGCCGGGGAGGGCGCGCCUGCGAAGAUGCAGAUCUUCGUGAAGACGCUGACGGGGAAGACCAUCACGCUGGAGGUGGAAUCCUCGGACACCAUCGACAACGUGAAGGCCAAGAUCCAGGACAAGGAGGGCAUCCCGCCGGACCAGCAGCGGCUCAUCUUCGCCGGCAAGCAGCUGGAGGACGGGCGCACCCUCGCCGACUACAACAUCCAGAAGGAGUCGACGCUGCACCUGGUGCUCCGCCUCCGCGGGGGAGCCAAGAAGCGCAAGAAGAAGACGUACACCAAGCCCAAGAAGAUCAAGCACAAGCACAAGAAGGUGAAGCUCGCCGUGCUCCAGUUCUACAAGGUGGACGACGCCACCGGCAAGGUCACCCGCCUCCGCAAGGAGUGCCCCAACACCGAGUGCGGCGCGGGGACCUUCAUGGCCAACCACUUCGACCGCCACUACUGCGGUAAGUGCGGCCUCACCUACGUCUACAACCAGCAGGCGUAGGAUGGAUGCUCCGCUGUUGUGGUGGGGGGAAGGAAAAAAAUGGAAAGUCUUGCUAGAUGAUAAAUCUUAUUUCUUUUUUUUUGUCGCAUGUUAAGUUAAAGUAGUUUGUUGGAACAGAACACCUGCAUCUCUCAUGGUGAUGUCGUUAUGGAUCGCACCAAACACUGUUGAAUUCAACCUAUGUUUGUGUUAAUCUUAUACUAUGUGUGCCCAGUGUUAACGUGAUUUUGUUCUUAGAGUCA